AUGGACAAACACGUGGAGCCCGAACAGACUGCCGAUGCCGACAAAGGCGAUACCCUAGUCCUCGAAAAAGACAAUGCUAGGAAGGCCGCUUUCGAGGCCUUGUUCACGACCUUCCAGACAGGGUUCCAAGAACAGAAGCGGUUGGAACCUGCCCACCGAACUGCUGUAUUGUCCUUGCAGCAUGCACAUCAUGAAGCGAUCCGGUAUCAGGCCAUCACUCGAUUGAAUCUUCAGACAAUCGACUUGGACAACAACCCCUCCCUGGAUCAAUACUCUCACUUCUUGAGGCUUGAGGUUGAGAGCAUCAAGCGUCGAUCCGAAAUGAACAGGGGCUUGAGAAAGAUCAUCACUCUCGCAGACGAGAUGGUUGCAAUAGAGAAGAAGAUCAGAACAGAAUAUGGAGCAGAGUUGGACCAGCUAAGUACUAAGGUCAGGCAGUUGUUCGAUGAAAUGACAGCAUUGGUCAGAAAGCGUCUGGCUAUGAUCAAGGAUCAGUGCUCUAAGGUCAUGGCGAAUGCAAGAAGAUGAGCCCUGCAGUGCAAGGACACACCCGACUUGCUCUUUCACUUAUGGUUUCCGGCGGUCAUCCUUCACUGGC